GUUUUGCAGUCCACGUGGCUUUUUGUAGCUUAGUGAUUUACAUUUGUUUUGUGUGUUCUAUUCUCUAUCCGUUGUACUUGUUGCUAUGUCAAAGAGAAGUUCUUCAAUCAGAGAUGAUCAAAUUGAAGAAGAAGAUAUCCUAAAAAGUAUAGAAGAACCCAGCCUUCAAGUUAGUGAUGACAGUGGUGCUGAGAGCUUGUACUCAGGACUGAACAGUGAGCCAGACACGUCAUCAUCCGAGGACGAAAUUGAUGAUUUUGAUGAUGAAGCGGAGGCUGGUAAACUGACAGCUGUAGUGGAGGAUAUUGGACAGACUGCCUCGUGGAGGGAAGCAGACGAUACAGACACUGAUGAUGAAGAGGAACUUCGUAACACAGUUGGGAAUAUUCCACUGGCAUGGUACGAGGACUACCCACACAGGGGGUACGAUAUCGAUGGACGUGCUAUUACCAAGCCUCCAACUGUUGAUGAAUUGGAUGAGUUUUUGGCCAAGAUGGAGAGUCCUGAUUACUGGCGUACAGUCAAAGACCCAGUGACUGGGAGAGAUGUGGUACUCACUGACGAACAGCUGGAUCUCAUUAAGAAGAUUGAGCGCUCAGAGUUCCCAGAGCAGACAGGGGACCCAUAUGAGCCAUACACAGACCACUUCACUCACGAAAAGCAGCUGUUCCCUCUCUCAAGUGCUCUCAAGCCAAAGUCCAGUUUUGCCCCCUCAAAGUGGGAGCAGCGUAAAGUGUCCAAGUUAGUGCAGGCCAUUAAAGCCGGUCGCAUACAGCCGCGCAAACCACCACACAAGCCAAAGUUCUACGACCUCUGGGGCCAAGGAGAUGAGACAACUGCUGGUCGCCACAGAAUGCACAUUCCUGCACCCCGUCUAAAGUUACCGGGUCACGCUGAGUCCUACAACCCUCCUCCUGAGUACCUCCCCACUCCACAGGAACGUGAUGAGUGGGCGGGGCAAGACCCAGAGGACAGAGACAAGGAGUAUCUACCUCAACAGUUCGACUCUCUGCGACAAGUCCCCGCUUACCCCAGGUUUAUUCAGGAGAGGUUCGAGCGAUGUCUUGACCUCUAUUUGUGUCCACGGCAACGGAGAAUGAGGGUGCAAGUUGAACCGGAGGAGUUGCUACCCAAGCUGCCCAAACCUCGCGACCUUCAACCUUUCCCAACCACACUCGCACUGGAGUAUAAAGGUCACAAGGGGUUAGUUCGAUGUGUGAGCGUAGAGGGGGUCAAAGGUCAAUGGCUGGCGUCCGGUGGGGAAGAUGUUACACUGCGACUAUGGGAGGUAGUCAGUGGGAGAUGUAUGGGUGUGGUCACACUGGAGGACACACCCACUUCACUGGAAUUCGCUCCGGGACAAUCUCGCACUUUAUUGGCGGUUGCGUUUGGCAAUAGUGUGGAGGUGGUCAACCAUGGACUAGGAGAUCGACUGGUUGUCUCCGCUACUGAUAAGUUCAUCGCGGACCUUGACCUUUCUUCGGCUGAGUCGUCAGCGUAUAGCUGGAGCCGCAAGUCCACUCUAAACCAUGAGGCAAUACGGAUCAGUCAUAAUAAGGUGAGCGAGGGAAUCCAUUGGUCGUAUACAUGCAGGUUCAUUUUCAUGCCUUAUUUUAUUCACACAUAUGUACAGCCGGUGAAGCAAGUCACUUGGCACAAUAAGGGCGAUUACUUUGCUACAGUCUCUUCAGAUUCAAGUGGUAGCGAGGUUGUCAUCCACCAGCUGUCCAAGUCUCGCUCUCAGACUCCCUUCAAGAAGCUGAAGGGCAGUGUACAGAGAGUAGCCUUUCAUCCAACCAAACCUUUCUUCUUUGUGGCUACUCAGACCUACGUGAGAGUGUACAAUCUUGCGAAGCAAGAGCUGAUCAAGAAACUGUUAUCUGGGGUCAAAUGGAUAUCGGAUAUGGUGGUUCAUCCGUCUGGUGACCACGUCCUCCUCUCCUCGUACGACAAGAGGGUGGUCUGGUUCGAUAUGGACCUCUCGGCAAAGCCCUACAAGACACUCAGGCACCAUAAGCAGGCCAUACGCUCUGUGUGCUGUCAUCCUCGCCUGCCUUUGUUUGCGUCGGCCAGUGACGACAGCUCUGUUGUCGUGUGCCACGGCCAAGUCUUCAAUGACCUGAUGCAGAAUCCGCAGAUUGUCCCGGUGAAGGUGCUACGAGGUGGACCAAUCUCCAACAACAUGGGUGUUCUAGACUGUGUGUUUCACCCCGUUCAGCCGUGGUUAAUUAGUGCAGGGGCUGACUCUAUAAUUAGACUGUUCACUUAAAUUGUGUAACGUGGUUUAUACAUUUUGUUUCAAAAUGACACCGAACAUAACAUAAUGACAUAAUGACAUAAUGACACUGUUUGUUGAUUUGAGUGAAUAAUGUAUGCAAUGUCUCAACUGAAGUGAA